AUGAUCUCGGCCGUGCCGGACAGACAAACCUCAAGCACACUCUUGCUCCGACAACCACUCAGACCCAUCAUGCAAGCUCCAGGGCCAGUGAGAAACACACAGCGCUCAGUCCUGGCCUGCACGGCAUGCGUGCGCCGUAAGAUCCGAUGUUCAAAGAGCAUACCCUGUGAGGCAUGCAUCCGUCAGAACAAGGCAUCUUCUUGCCAGCGUGAGCAGGUUGCCGUCGUCACUCGGAGAAGAAUCUCUCGCCGAAGCCGUCCCGCAAAUGAUGCUGGAUCGCCCUCGGCUUCAUUGGAGGACACUUCGGUAUCGCCUGAAGUACCCGAAGAGCCUGGCCAUACACCCACAGAUCCGGCCUCAUGUACGACUCCGGUACAUGCCACUGUCGUCGACGCUCGGGUUGAGCCGGCAGUACCGUCAGCAGUGGUUCCCCCUACCAACACAGAACCUAGAGGAGCAUUCGAAAAUGCCAUCCCCGAAAUCACCAAUGAAACGCUGAUGCAGAUAUUGACAUCAACACACACAGCUGAUAGUCGCCUUACCAACGAAGCAGCAGCUGCCCUGGAGUUCUUGGCCCAUGGCCGUAGAAACGUUCUGAAUAGGUUCUCAGGCAGAGAGUCUAUUGCCCAAUCUACUCCCCGAUUCUCAACCAGUCGUCACGAGCUUGAAGAACAGUGGGAUCCUUUCUUUGCACCCGAGGACGCUCGCAUGCUAUUGGCCCUUCACCAAGCCCAUCUCACCUGGAUGCACAAUGUGGUUCACUUGCCAACCUUUCGUCAAGAGCUUGAUAACAAUUUGAUGCGAAUGGAGUGCGACUGCUCCUGGCUCGCAUUAUACUACGCAUUGCUAUCUCAAACCGUCUACCAUAUUGAUGGUGGGUAUCUCGCCUCAUUACCACAACCAAUACACGCCGAUAUGAAAACAUCUCGCCUUCUUUUCGACAAAAGUAUAGAGAUCCUAUUCAAAGGGGGGUUUAUGGAUGAGCACAAGUUGACAUCGGUGCAAGCCAUUUGCCUCUUGCUACAAGUGGCUCACAACUUCGACAAGUCCGACCUCAUAUGUGUCCUUAUCUCCACCGCGAUACGUAUCUCGCAAUGCCUUAAUCUUCAUCGACUAGGAGCCGAUCGACCUGUGCCGGAAGCAGUGGACGACGACACCCAGUACAUCAUCGACAGAGAAAUACGGAAACGCGUCUGGUGGUUCCUCGUUCGAUACGAUUGGCUCCAAAUACCAUUUCAGAACACCUGCCAGAUUCACCCAGCCCAGUUUAACACUCCGAUGCCUGCGAACUCGUUCGAUGAUGAAGUGCGGAUGAUUCAGAACGGAGCGGUUGUCUCACAACCACCUGAUGUAUGCACCUCGAGUAGUUGGACGAAUUCCUUAAACCAAGUCUCUGUCCUGAUAUGGAAACAUCAAGAUCGUAUGUUCAAAGUUGGUUAUCCCGGCGAAGACCCUGACAGGAUCUUAAAACUCUAUGAUCAAGCCUUAUGGGCCGAUAAGGAGAUAAAAGAUCUCUAUUCGUCCUGGCCGUUGGCCUUGCGUGAAAUAGAGGAUGUCCAACUUGAUCAGCCAAUGCUCGACUCUUUCCCUGUUAGGUUGAUGCCAGGCAUGGUACUCAUUUGUACCGCACAUAAAUUGUCCUGUAUUGCGAUUGCCGAACGAAGCAUUGAGUCAAUUCAACGUUGGCCCGAUACACUCGAGUCUAGUAUCAGCCGUAGGAUGUGGACAACUUUGACGCAUGUCGUUAGCUGCUGUAUCACCCUCGUCUUUGCUCUGUUGUUCAAGUCGCAAAACACGCUCACUUAUGACUCCGCUAAGAUUCGUGGUUAUAUCGAAUUUGGGAGGAACUUCAUAAGCCAAGAGGAACAGUUUAGUUCUAUUGCGCGAAGGGGGGUGAAGCUGCUUACCGCUUUGAUGAACUUGGAAGGAUGCUCGGAUUUUUCGCUUGACAUUGAAGCAGAUAUUGGUGGCAUAGUCCGUCGUGUGGCCGCAGCGGACGAUGGAAAUUUAGAGCUAGGUGCGGCUGAGGCCCAUCAGCUUGUGUUCCCAGGUAGUCAGGAUCUCUGGGAGAGCUUCAUGAGAGACACUUUGGCUGGAGAGUUUCUUAGCUUUUGA